UCCAUCUCCCAGCUUUGCCCUUACCAGAGUUCCACAGAAUGCCUGUGUUCUCACGAGGGACCCCGUUAUGCACACAGGAAGCUGUGGUGCUCCUGCAAGCUUCAGCCUUUAGCUUCGCUGAUCCUUUCCAGGCAAAAGAGACAUCGACAACUUUACGAUAUCGAGCGCGAUUCUGGACCUCGCUGUCGAAUCGACUCAGCAACACUGUCUCGAGUGUUGAUCCUGAGAACACAUUUUGUCGAGGUCCCAUUCCACCUUCGCGCCUGCGCUCGCUGAUCCUUUUGUACCAUACUUUCUUUGACAAGAUAGUCACGCACGAUCCUUGCAAUUCUUCUAGGCUGGACGGAGGGGUUUCGACGCUGAGCAAGCGCACCAGGUAAAAUGGGCUCCCAACUGACCUCUAAUCCAACCACAGCUGCAACAGAUUUCUGGCAACGCUGGCAGGCACACGCCGAGCCGUGCGUCUUCCCUACAAUUGUUGACACCACCCGAGCAGCCAAGGGCAUCGCGUCACUUUCGCUCCCCGUCGAACCCAGAGUGCUCUCACGAUUGCGCAAUGUAAGCGCACAGCACAGGACUCCUGUCGAGGUUGUCUUCGCAACAGCCUGGGCUUUGGUUCUGAACACUUACACGGGCAAUGCAUCAGUUUCGUUUGGUCUUGUGAGUCAGCGGAGCGAAGGUUGCGGUGCAAGGCUCUGUGCAGCAUCGACCGUCAGCUCCGACACCGUCCUGGCCAUUUCAGGGACAAUCGAGCGCGAUAUGGAGCAAACUGACCACUUUCAAGCCGCAAACCUUGCCGAUAUUCCCGCCCUGAGGACCACGGACGGAAAACCAUUCUGCUCGACUGCACUCAGCUUUGAUGCCGCUGUUGGCGACCCUGAUUCGCACUUCGACCUUCGCAUGGAGGUACAAUUGUCCCAGUCGAAUCCGACGACGAAUCUGGUUUACUCCUUGUCCUGCGUCGAGCAAGUGCUGGCAAGUGACGUUGUGGCAACUUUCCAUCAGGCUCUUGGUGAGGUUGUCCAAAAUCCAAAUGCCAGGCUAUCCGGCCUGGACUUGGUGCAUCCAAAGUCUUUAGAGAGGCUUUUUUCAUGGAAUAACGAAAUGCCAAAGUCAGUGGAUAGGUGCGUUGGGGAUCUAUUCGGAGAGCAAGCCAGAAUGCACCCAAGCAACAUGGCGGUUCAUUCUUCCGACAAGGGCUUCACCUAUGAAGAGCUCGAUCGCCUGUCCAACGCGCUCGCGCUUGAGUUGCAGUCAAAAGGCAUUGGUCCUGAGGCGGUGGUGCUUCUGUGCUUUCCCAAAUCGGCUUGGGCAGUGGUUGCGAUGAUCGCCGUUGUCAGGGCCGGGGGUACCAUGCUUUUUUUCGACGCUGCCCACCCUAAGGCGCGCCUCCAGGAGAUCCAGGGUCAGAUACAGUCGAAGAUCAUGUUGACCGCUCCAGAAUAUUCAGAAAUGUGGAGCUGGACGGAGAGUGAAGUUAUCAUCGUCGACAGGAACUCAGUCGAAAGCCUCCCUAGACCUGAUCGUCCUUUGCGAUUGGAUGUCACACCAUCUAACAUGUUGUACAUUAUUUUCACCUCCGGAUCCACCGGGAAACCCAAAGGCUGUGUGAUUGAGCAUCGACAGUUCCUAACCGGGUCUUUGGCCCAACAACAUGCGUCCGGGAUGCUGCCCACUGACAGAGUCCUUCAACUCGCUUCCUUUACCUUCGACGUUAGCAUUCUCGAAGUCAUCACAUCCUUGAUCACCGGGGCAUGCGUCUGCAUACCAGGAGAUGCAUCCCGCGCCAAAGGUCCUGCCAGCUGCAUUCAAGAGUUUGGCGUUACCUGGGCAUUCCUGACACCUUCACUUGUCAAGCUUAUGUCACCAGAGAUGGUGCCUGGUCUGAGGUUCUUGGUUCUGGGCGGAGAGCCCUUAGGAAGGGUCGACGUGGAGACAUGGUCGCCACACUUGCAACUCGCAAACGGCUACGGUCCGACCGAAUGCUCAAUUGCUGCUACGGGAAAUCCCAGGCUUAACCCGCAAUCGGACCCAUUAAACAUCGGAUAUCCUCUUGGUGCCUUGUGCUGGAUUGUUGACCCAGAGGACCAUCGGAGGCUCAUGCCACCUGGUGCACCAGGGGAACUCCUCGUCCAUGGACCAAUCGUGGCUCGAGGGUACUUUAAAGACCUUGAGAAAACGGAAGCUGUUUUUCUGGACGAUUUCCCUUGGCUGCCGGAUCGUGGAUUCGGCAAGUCAAGGCGAAUGUACAAGACUGGAGACUUGGCCCGAUAUAAUCCCGAUGGGAGUAUCAACUUUAUCUCGCGCAAGGACACCCAAGUCAAGCUACGUGGGCUGCGGAUAGAGUUAGGUGAAAUUGAACAUCAUGUCGCUGUACACACGCACGUACGGCAAGCUGUGGUCAUUCUUCCUCGCCAAGGACCGUGCAAGAAUCAACUCACAGUGGUGAUGUCUCUCAAACAGACACCCGAAGGUGAAGAAGCUGGACAGCUGGAGCUGAUUGAACCGAGGACCGAUGAGUCGAUAUCCAAUUCAAUAGCCACCCUCUUUCAGGAUGCUUCAGAGCAUCUCCCCGCAUAUAUGGUUCCAUCAGUCUGGAUACCUGUCAAAUCAAUACCUCUUACCAUUUCCGGCAAGCUCAACAGGGUCUUGGUAGCCAAGUGGGCCGUGGAUAUGGACGAAUCCACGUACAACAUCAUCACCGGGGCUGAAGUAGCACCGCAGCCCUCAAGCCCAACCGAAGAGCAGAUACUUCAGUUGUGCAGCGAUGUCCUUGAUAUACCGGUUGGCCGUGUCUACCUCAACAGGUCUUUCGUCAAUAACGGUGGCGAUUCCAUCCUAGGCAUGCAACUAUUGGCCAGAUUGAGGCAGGGUGGAAUCAAUGUAUCAAUCAGAGACAUGAUACAAAGCAAAACCUUAGUGGAGCUUGCCAGCCGGGCACGUUCUGGGACAGGGUCAGAGAUCGUUGCAUUUCCAAUCACCUACAAUGUGGACCAGUUCACUCGGCAGACCUUGCCGCAUUUGGGCCUGAACGUUGGUGAGGUAGAAGCCGCAUAUCCCCUUGGACCCAUGCAACGGGGCAUCAUGUUGAGUCAGGAUCGGGAAGCUGCCAGCUACGAGCUGCGUAUUGUGUGCGAAAUCGUAUCCUCUGGCAAUGUCGACAUUGACCGCCUCAAGCAAGCUUGGCAAGCCUUACUUCAGCGGCACUCCUCUUUGCGAACAAUUUUUGUCCCAAGCAUUUCUGAACACUCGUCUCACGAUCAGGUGGUGUUGAAGUCUGCAGUACCCAUUGUGUCGGUAGUCAACUGCCAGGACCUGACCGAGAUCCACAAAGCCGUCCGCAGGCAUAAGAUCGUGGCUUCCCCCAAUCAACCUCGCGUCAAUCUUGUCAUCUACAAGACUCCACAAAAGACCUACUGCAUGUCUGCGAUUGACCAUGCCCUGAUAGAUGGAGUCUCUGUUCUUCUCAUGUUCCGGGACCUCAGUGCAGCCUACUCCGGGCUUCUGGACCCUCAAGUCGAGAUGAGAUACUCCGAGUAUAUCGGCUACCUUCAACAAUUGAAUGAAAUAGACAGUCUGGAAUACUGGAAAGAGUAUCUUGCAGAUGUCUCCUCCUGCCACUUCCCCGUGCUCAAUGACGACGCUGCCAUUCCCAACGAACUUCACGAACUAAGCUCCGAGUUUCACGCGGGUGCAGAAUUGCAAGACUUCGCUCGAAAGCACAACUUUACACCUUCUAGCAUCAUCCAAACAGCCUGGGCUAUCGUCCUCAAGUGUUACACCGGUCAGGACGACAUCUGCUUCGGAUAUCUGUCCGCUGGCAGAGAUGCUCCUGUGCUGGGUAUCGAAGACGCCGUGGGUGCGUAUAUCAACAUGCUCAUCUGCCGAUUGAGGCUGCCCCCAAACGACAACAUCAUCCAGUUGGUAGAAUCCGUCCAGGAUUCCUUCUUGAAAGCGAUGCCCCAUCAACACUGUUCACUGGCCCAGAUACAACAUAGCCUCCAACAACGAAAGCCGCUUUUCAACACGAUUAUGUCUUUGCAGAGUGCUGUGGGCGAAGUCAUCCAAGUAGCCGAGGGCAAAGAGCACAUCUCUUUCCACAUCAUUGAAGACGUAGAUCCCACCGAAUAUGACAUCAGUGUCAAUGUCUCUAUCUCUCGCAGGUCAAUGCACAUGAACAUUCGAUAUUACACUUCGAACAUCAGCGACGCUAUGGCCAAGAAUGUGUUCGAGACCUUCCAACACGUGGUCACAGCGAUCCUCGAUCACCCAAACCGGACCUUGGCUGAGAUGCCCGUCUUGAGCGACAAUGACCGUCAGCAACUCGAAUUAUGGAACAACCAGGAUUGGGAAGAUAUUGACGCCUGCGUCCAUCACCAGAUCGCCUCGCAGGUCUCUCAAAGGCCCGAGACCAUCGCCGUCGAGGCAUGGGAUGGAAAGCUAACAUAUCUUCAACUAGACAGCUUCAGCACAGCCCUCGCAGCACACCUCAGCAAGCUCGGAGUUGCGCCUGAAGUCCUGGUUCCCCUAAGCUUUCAAAAGUCGGUCUGGACGCCUGUUGCGCAACUGGCCGUCUUGAAAGCUGGCGGCGCAUGCGUGGCAUUUGACCCCAAUCAUCCCCAGAAACGCCGAGAGGAGCUUCUUCGACAAUGUGAUGCGCGAAUAGCGCUCACCGCUCCCGCACACAGAAGCCUCUUUGAAGGAUUGGUAGACCAAGUGGUGGUGGUAGCGGAAUCUCUCUUAGAGGCGCUCGGCCGCACGUGCACAAGCGUACCAAGCUGGAAGAUGGCUUCACCAAAAGAUCCCGCAUUUGUUGUUUUCACGUCCGGAAGUACAGGAAAACCCAAAGGGAUUGUCCUCGAGCACCAUUCCCUCGUCACGAGUGCACAUGCCCAUGGGCCUGCCAUGAAAUACGGUCCAGGAGCAAGGAUCCUCCAGUUUGCGUCAUACACCUUCGACGUCAGUAUUGGCGAAACAUUCACUUGCCUGAUGCUAGGAGGCACCCUCUGCAUUCCCAACGACGAAGAGCGCAUGGACGACCUUGCUGGGGUCAUUAACCGAAUGGAUGUCAACAUUGCUUAUCUCACUCCCUCAGUGGCGAGCAUCCUCCAUCCCGAGGACGUGCCUGGGCUUGAAGUGCUUGCGCUGGGCGGUGAAGCUGUAAGGGCGGAAAACAUUGCAUUGUGGGCAGACAAGCUGUACCUGGUUAACAUAUAUGGCCCUGCGGAAUGUUCAGUCUGGUCCACUGGGCUGCAUCCCGUACCCAAGGGCACGUCACCGGCUAAUAUUGGUUUCGGUCUGGGUGCCCUGAUGUGGAUCACUGAAGUUGGCAAUCCCGACAAACUCUGUGCCAUCGGCUGUACCGGAGAGCUGCUCAUCCAAGGACCUAUCGUCGCCCGCGGAUAUUUGAAGGACAAGGAAAAAACGGACGCGGCGUUCAUCUCGGAUCCGCCCUGGAUGCCGCUCAAUACAAAGGGCGCCGACCGCAGGUUAUAUCGAACAGGUGAUUUGGCUCGAUAUAAUUCGGAUGGUUCGAUCAAUUUUAUUGGACGUCGAGACUUUCAAAUCAAGCUUCAUGGCCAACGCAUCGAAAUGGGAGAGAUUGAGCACAACAUUCUAAGUCACGACGACGUAGCAAAUGCUGUCGUGACAUACCCGAAAGCCGGCCCGGUGAAAGAGAAGCUUGUCGCAAUCGUGGCUCUAAGGGAAUUGCCUUCAACAGCUUGUGCCGACGAGAUCACAAUCGUGGAUUUGUCCCGGAGCCAUACAGCGGCCGAGCAAGUAUCUGGAGCCUACUCACAUUUGUCCGAGAGGGUCCCAGGCUACAUGAUGCCGUCAGUCUGGCUAGUUGUCGAGACCAUUCCCCUCUCUGUCAAUGGGAAGACAGAUAGGUCGAGGGUUUCACGCUGGAUCGAAGACCUAGAUUUCAUUCCAGAGCAAGAGUUUCAGCCUUCAGCAUCCCCUACGGAGGUGUCGUUGCCCACAACCCAGGCCGAGGACAACAUUCGUGGUGUGCUCAGCGUAGUCCUUGGCCUGCCACUCGACAAAGUCUCCAUGGAACAGAGCUUCGUGGGACUUGGAGGUGAUUCCAUCACAGCGAUGCAAGUCUCUUCGCGCUCCAGAGUAAAUGGUAUGUCGAUUACAGUCAAAGACAUAUUGCUCAGCAAGACAAUCCGCCAACUCGCUAUGACCGCCACAGUCGCUAAGCAGAAAGAUACACUGACGGUUUCCUCGGAGAGCGCAGGCGCUUUUGCCAUGCUCUCGGAGACGGACCUCGCAUUGCUUGAUCGAGAAACUCGCCAAAUGGGCCUCGCCGGGCUUGAGGAUAUUUCGGAUGGUUACCCCUGCUCGCCCAUGCAGCAAGGCAUCUUGAUCAGCCAGGCCCAGGCUUCCACCAAUUACAAGUUCUAUGUCGUGUGCGAAGUGAAGUCGGCCCAGUCGACUACUAUUCUUACAAAAGAUCUUCUUGCUGCUGCCUGGAAGCGGGUGGUCAACAGACAUUCCAUCCUUCGCACGUUCUUUCUGGAGAAUGCGUCCAAAGGCGGUCUAUUCAACCAAUAUGUCCUUAAGAAGUUCUCUCCCAGGAUUGACUUCGUUGAAUCAUAUGAUGCACUUGUCACAUACCCGUAUACCAACCCUGUCGACUAUGAAGAGAAAAUGCCACCACAUCGACUGACAGUAUUUGAAAUGCCGCAGAAGCUGAUUUUCAACCUUGAGCUAAGUCACACACUGAUCGAUGGCGCAUCAAUGGCCGUGAUCAUGAAAGACUUGGCAGCAGGCUAUGAGCAGCUUCUGCUUCCCGGACCACUUUACCGCGACUAUAUCUCUGUCCUGCAAGAACGGUCACCGGAAGAGUCUCUUAACUACUGGAAGAGUUACCUGGCUGGAGCAGAGCCUUCAUCCUUUCCCGCCCUCAACAGCGAGCUCGUAGGCUCCAAGACGCUUGAAGCUGUGACGGUUGCUAUUUCUGAGGCUACUACGAGAAUGUUGCAAGAGUUUUCACGGGGACACGGUGUCACACUAGCCAAUGUACUACAGAUGGCAUGGGCUUUGGUCGUUCGUGCCUUCAGCAGCUCUACUGAUGUGUUGUUUGGGUUUCUCGCCUCUGGUCGCGAUGUCGCUGUGGCGAACAUCGAAGAAGCUGUGGGACCUUACAUCAACAUGCUUAUCUGCCGAAUCGAUGCUGGAGACCACGUGUCAAUUGCUGACGCAGUCAGGCGGAUUCAGCACGAAUACUUGGACUGCCUACCUUACCAACACACUCCCCUGGCGGAAAUUCAACACAGCCUGGGCUUCACUUCGACUCGGAUGUUCAACACCAUACUCUCACUUCAACGACCUAUGGCAGAGGGUGUCGAUCCCGGCGGUGAAAUCAGUAUCAACUAUCUUCAGGGCAGCGAUCCCACCGAAUACGAUUUGAGUGUCAACAUUAUUGCCAGUGACAAGGCGACUGAAAUCUCCAUAAGCUACUGGAACACUUUCUUGACGAGCGAACAGGCUGAUCGAGUGGCGGCGACUUUCUCGCAAAUCCUGAGCCAAAUGCUUGACCAAGAUAGGACUACUAUAUCGGCUCUGGAUCUGCUAAGCCCGGGGGAUCGAGAGUUACAUUUUCAAUGGAACAAUAAUGGCGUCGCACCUACAAAGAUUGAAGGACUAAUCCACGCGCAGGUUGCGAAACAUGCUUCCGAACGCCCAGAAGCAUCCGCGAUCGCCGGAUGGGAUGGCGGCAUGACAUACAAGGAGCUUGACGAGACCUCAACCCGCCUGGCCCAUCAUCUCCUCCAACUCGGUGUUAGAACAGGCGACAAGGUGCCUCUCUGUUUCGAUAAGUCGAGGUUCGCCGUCAUCUGUAUGUUGGCAAUACUUAAGGCUGGGGGAGCGUAUGCAUCAAUGGAUCCCACACAUCCCACACAACAUCUGUCUAAUAUUGUGCGGGAAACUGGUGCAAAGCUCGUUCUGACUGGCUCAGCUGCUUACGCGGAGCGGUUGGAAGAUAUCGUCGACAAAGUCCUGAUUGUUGAUGCUGGACUCUUCCACCAGAUACCCGCCACGGUUCCCGUCCUGGUCACUGCGUCAUCUUGUGACGAUGCUGCUUUCAUUUGUUUCACCUCCGGCUCCACAGGAAAGCCAAAGGCUAUAUGUCUCACGCACAGCGGAUUCACGUCAAUGGUCGCAUACAACAAGGAAAUGGGGAUUGUUCCACAAUCAAGAGUCUUCCAAUUUGCGGCAUACACGUUCGAUACAAGCAACUCUGAGAUAUUCACAACACUCACUUCAGGUGGCUGUGUGUGCAUUCCUCACGAAUCUGAGCGGCUCAAUGACCCUGCCGGAGCAAUGAAUAGCCUCGGAGUCAAUUGGACAUUCCUGACACCUUCAAUGGCCAGCAUGCUGACUCCAACUGAUGUUCCCUGCUUGCGUACUCUUGCGCUUGGAGGAGAGCAAGUGCGUGAAGACAUUGUGAACUCCUGGAAGGAUGAAGUACGCGUCAUCAACUCCUUUGGACCAGCGGAGUGCACAAUUUGGACGUCGAUGGCGGAUCUUGGUCAUGGUAAUUCACCAGCCACCAUCAGCAGAGGCAAUGGUGGUAACGGCUCCCUUCUAUGGGUCGUAGACAUCUUGGACACCCACAGACUGGCUCCAAUUGGCAGUGUGGGAGAGCUACUGAUCGAAGGGCCCAUCCUCGCCAGAGGUUACCUGGAUGCCGACAAGACUGCGGAGGCCUUCAUAACCGCCCCGGAAUGGCGUGGAUCAGGGUAUCGAUCAAUCCGCAUGUACAAGUCUGGUGACCUGGUCAGGUACCAAGGUGACGGCACAUUGGUCUAUGUGGGCAGGAGAGAUGGACAAGUCAAACUCAACGGCCAACGCAUUGAAAUGGGUGAGAUUGAGCGACACCUCGCCGCGCACGAUCUGGUGCGUUACGCUGUUGUACUUCUGCCAAAGACGGGCAUAUGCAGAAGGAAGUUGGUCACCGUCGUAGCACCAGCAGAAUUCUCAACGAAGACCGUGGCAUCCCAGGAACCACGCACGAUCAGGGACAAAACUACAAGAGAACAGGCGGCAGCUCAGAUUGCGAUUGUGAAAGCCGACCUUCGAGGUCAUCUGCCGGGAUAUAUGGUUCCAUCUGUGUGGCUACUCCUCGAAGCCUUCCCUCUCACGGCCUCAAAGAAGAUCGACAGAGUCAGAGUGUCUCGGUGGGUUGGGGAACUCACGUAUGAGACAUACAUCAGUUCCCUUGACGUCGAGGAGGAGCAAUGGACAGCGCAGGUUGCGACCUCGCAAGAAAGGUUAAUCCAGAAGGUCGUAUCAACGGUCCUGAACAUUCCUGUUGCGCAAGUCAAUAUCAACAAGUCCUUCCUCAACAUGGGCGGUGACUCAAUCCUUGCUAUGCAGCUUGUGGUUCAAUGUCGUAGAGAGGGCCUCAAAGUCACCGUGAAAGAUGUCAUGCGCAGCAAGACUAUCUCGGCUUUGGCACUUACCGCUCAGUCGACAGGGUCAGACGGUUUCUUGCACAGCGAAGCUUACGAUGUUCCAUUCGAACUCUCCCCAAUCCAAUCCAUGUACUUCUCUGAUAUCACGCUUGGCUCCUCGAGCGCUGAAUCUAACCGGUUCAACCAGAGCUUCCUGCUCAAUGUCAGUCGGAAGACCAGCGAGGGGAUGUUAUCCAAAGCCAUCGAUCACGUCGUCAAAAAUCAUUCGAUGCUUCGAGCUCGCUUCCGACAGGACGAUGCUUGCCAGUGGUCACAGGUAGUCCCCAUUCACAGCGUCGAUUCGUACCGCUACCGUGUGCACAGCUCAAACACCCGCGAAGAGGCACUAUCGAUUGCGGAGCAGUCGCAAGAGGGACUCGACAUCGAAAACGGCCCUGUCUUUGCCGCUGAAUUAAUCAAUAUAUCAACCGACUCUCAGAUUCUGUUCCUCGUGGCCCAUCAUCUAGUUGUCGACCUGGUGUCUUGGAGGGUCAUUAUACGACAGUUGGAAGAAGUUCUCACCACAGAGACGUUCCUUCCGAGCCCAUCCCCCUUCCCGUUCCAGUCUUGGGUGAAGUUGCAGGCGGAGCAUGCCCGUACCAACUUGGCCCCUGAGGAUGUACUACCUUAUGCAGUCCCCGCAGCAGACUAUUCCUUUUGGGGAAUGGCAACCACGGCAAACUAUCGUGGAGAGACGGAGGAGGUCAAGUUUGAUUUCAGCCAGAGUGAUACUACACUUCUCCUGCGAGGCUGUCACAAAGCCAUGAGAACGGACGCACUUGACCUGUUCCUUUCCGCGGCAUUCGAAUCUUUCAGUGAAACUUUCGGGCGAGCGCCACCUGCCAUCUUCAACGAGGGCCAUGGUCGGGAAUCAUGGGAUGCUCAGAUUGACAGUACCGAGACGGUUGGUUGGUUCACCACGAUGUUUCCCUUGUUUGUCUCGUCCGAUAGCAGCGCGCCCAUGCUUGCUACCGUCCGGCAAGUUAAGGACCAAAGAAAGCAACUCCCUCGAAAUGGGUGGUCAUAUUUCAAUUCUCGCUUCUCCAACGAGCGCGGCAAGGUGGCAUUUGCUCAACAUUCCCCCAUUGAGAUUCUGUUCAACUAUCUUGGCGUAUUUCAAGCCGGAAAGCAAUCGACAAGUUUGCUUCAGCCGGAACCAUUCAACAAAGGUGACACGGGGCCCCGUGUGAAACGCUUUGCCCUUGUUGAGAUCAAUGUCUAUAUCCUUGACGGCCAAGCACAUUUCUCCAUGGUUUACAACCGACACAUGAAACACGAAGACAAAAUCAAGGCUUGGGCGGAUGCUUAUAAAUCCACUAUCAUGAAGAUUGCCGGAUCACUGAAGAGCUCGGAUCUCCAGUUGACUCUGAGUGACUUUCCUCUGCUUCCAACAGAUUACCAUUCUCUACGGAAAUUCGAGCUCGAGCAGCUGUCACAGAUCGCUACCAAUGCUGAAAGCAUCGAGGAUAUCUACGUCUGCUCUCCCAUGCAACAGGGCAUCUUGUUGAGCCAAAACAGACUUCAGGGUGCAUACCGAAUUCAAAUUAUCGUGGAGGUGUUGUCGACCAGCAAGUCUCGGAUCGAUGUCGAGAAACUUGGCGAGGCGUGGCAGUUUGUUGUUGAUCGUCACCAGGCACUACGAACAGUAUUCAUUCAGAAGAUCAGCCAGCGACCCUAUGAUCAACUUGUCCUCAAGAAGCAUGCGGCACGAGUGGCUUUCAUCGAGGCAUCAGCUGAGAAUGCUGUUUCCCACUUACACUCCCUGCAGGGCUUCGAUUAUGCGGCCCCUAAACCAGCACACUGUCUGACCAUCUUGAAAGCGUCCUCCGGCAGAGUCUUUGCCAAGCUCGAAAUCAGUCACGCGCUCGUGGACGGAACGUCGAUGGGUGUCUUGAUGUCCGAAUGGCUUCAAGCAUUUCAAGGUCCACUUCCAACAGGACAAGGACCGCUCUACGGUGACUAUAUUGCCUACCUGGAUUCACAGCCGCGAGAACAAUCUCUUCAGUACUGGGUCAACCAUCUUGGCAAAGUCCGGCCUUGCCACUUCCCUGUGUUGACGGAUGACGUGAUGCAACCAACAAGACAUCUCCGUAACGUCGAGGUCCUGACUCCGAAUGCAGUACGCAUUCGAGACUUCUGUCAGCAAAAUAACAUCACCCUCGCAAGCAUCUUCCGUCUAGCGUGGGGAGUUGUCUUGCAAGCUUAUACUGGUGACGAUAAUGUUUGCUUCGGUUACUUGGCCUCAGGCCGCGAAGUCCCAGUUCCCGGGAUUGAGAAUGCUGUCGGCGCAUUCAUCAAUAUGCUUGUUUGCUCUCUUGACUUCGACCGUAUUGGCAAGAGAAAAGCGGUCGAUGUCCUUGAAGAUCUACAGGACGAAUAUUUGAAGUCCUUGCCAUUCCAACACACCAGUCUGGCUGUAAUUCAGCACGAGCUAGGUUUAGCAGGCCAGACCUUGUUCAACACGGUUUUGAGUUUCCAACGUCGUGCACACGGAGACUUCAAGGAAGGUGACAUUUUACUCCGCUACAUGGACGGCGUUGACCCCACCGAGUACGACGUCUCUGUGAGCAUUGCGGACAGCGAACAGGGCAUCCACGUUCACAUGAGCUACUUCACCAGUAGGUUGUCAGAUGGCCAAGCUUUCAAUGUCGCAAACACCCUUUCCACUGCAUUGGACUCCAUUCUUGACACACCUCAAUCAACAGUCACAUCGUUGAAUCUAUUCGGCGCACAAGACGCGGAGAAGGUCUAUGGAUGGAACCAGCACAGACCAGCGGAUAUCAACAAAUGCGUACAUCAAACAUUCCAGGAAAGUUCAUGCAACAGUCCAGAUGCGUCGGCUAUUGAGUCCUGGGACGGGAAUUUCACUUAUCGCAGCCUCGACCACCACACCUCCCAGCUAGCCAACGAGUUGGUUGUAGCAGGAGUACAUGUCAACGAUUUGAUUCCGAUUGUCUUUGAGAAGAGCGCUUGGGCAAUCGUUGCGAUGCUUGCAAUCAUGAAAGCAGGAGCCGGCUAUGUUCCCUUGGAUCCAGCUCAUCCCGAUGAUCGACUUCAGACGAUCAUUGCACAAACCGGGAGCAAGCUCGUUCUGGCAUCUGAAGCUUCAAGUGAUCGCAUGAGAAGACUCGUGGCUGCAGUACUGACUGUAGGAUCCGCCUCUGGAACAUGGUCUAGCAAGGCCACAGAGGCACCUCAGACUUCUGUCUCCCCAGCCGAUGUCGCGUACACUCUGUUCACAUCUGGAUCCACCGGUCUCCCAAAGGGCGUGGUCCUGCCACAUCUUGCUGUGAGCAGCAGUAUUUUGCACCAUGGAAGGGAGAUUGGCUGCAGCCCUGCCACCCGAAUGUACCAAUUUGCGGCUUACACAUUCGAUGCCUGUAUCCUGGAAAUCUUCACCACCCUCGCCUAUGGAGGCUGCAUUUGUGUCCCUUCCGACUCCCAGCGAAUGAGCGACAUAGCAGGAUUCAUCACAAGACUGAGAGUGAACACAUCUUUCAUGACUCCAUCCCUGGUCCGCAUUCUAACGCCGGAGCAAAUUCCAACGAUGAAGACCCUCAUCUUGGGUGGCGAGGCUCUGGGCAAAGAUAACAUUGAAAUUUGGGCUGACAGACUGCAUCUGAUGAAUGGAUACGGCCCGACUGAGACCUGCGUCUUCGCGGUCAUGAAGACUUUCAAGAGCCCAAAGGACCGGAAUGACAUACUAGGAAAAGCCGUUGGCGCGCAGGCUUGGAUCGUGCAGUUGGACAAUCACAGUCAGCUUGCCCCGGUCGGAGCUGUCGGUGUCCUGUUCCUGUCUGGAGCCACCUUGGCCACGGGAUACCUGAACGAUCAGGCCAAAACAGACAGUGUCUUUCAGGAGGGUAAAGACUUCUUACCAAACGCUGCUGGCGGUACGAAGCAGCGCAUCUACAAUACUGGUGACCUUGUCCGCUACAACUCUGACGGAACCAUCACCUACCUCGGGCGACGAGAUACCCAGGUCAAGCUCCGCGGACAACGGAUUGAGCUCUCUGAAAUUGAACAUCACACCAAAGCUAACUUUCCUGGCGCUUCUCAAGUUGCUGUCGAAGUGGUCGAACCUCAAGGGCAAAAGGAGCGAGCUUGCCUUGCUGCCUUUUUGUGCCUUCCCGACAAAUUAUCGGGUGUUGACAUGUUUUCCCGCUGGCCAGACGAUACCAAGGACAACGUGUCUCAUUUGAGAAAGACAUUGGCCAUGCUACUACCACCGUAUGAGAUGCCUUCACUAUACAUUCCAGUCAACAGGAUGCCCACGACUACAGCGGGCAAGCUCGACCGCAAGGCACUUCGCGCUGAAGUGUCACGCCUUUCUGACGAAGACCUUAACCCUUUCUCCUUAUCUGAAGAGAUCAAGCGCCCUCUCACCAACGAGAGCGAGAAGGAGCUUGCCCGCCUGUGGCAAGCAGUACUAAAGAUUUCCAUUUCCCAGAUUGGAGCCGACGACAACUUCUUCCGUCUGGGUGGCGACUCGGUCAUGGCCAUGAAGCUUGUGGCGAACUCAACCUCGAGAUUGUCGCUUACAGUUUCAGAUAUAUUCCAGCACCCGGUGUUGUGCGAGAUGGCAUCAGUUGCGGAAAGAAAUGUUACUCCCUCCAGUACGCCAGACUUAAUGCCAUUCGAUCUUCUGCAUCCACACGUAUCUAUGAAUGAUGUACGGAAGGUACUAGCAUUCAAGUGCCAAGUCUUGGAGAGCCAGGUUGAAGACUGCUAUCCCUGCACGCCAUUGCAAGAAGGCUUGAUGGUCCUCUCGAUACUUAACCCUGGAGCUUACGUGGCCCAAAAAGUGUUCAAACUACCUGCCUCGAUGGACAUUGCCAAGUUCAGGUCAGCAUGGGAAAUGACCGUCGCAAAUAAUCCCAUACUACGCACUGCCAUCGUCCAGGCCGACUCUGCUCGCGCGUUGCAGGUCGUCCUCAGAGAUUCAUUCACCUGGCGAUCUGCCGAGACUUUGGAGGAAUACUUGGCAAAAGAUCAGGACGAGGAAGCAGCAUAUGGGAAGCCCUUGUCACGUUACGCCUUGACUAAUGAUGGACAUUUCGUCUGGACUGCGCACCACUGCAUGUAUGAUGGCUGGUCUGUUCCGCUGGUUCUCGAGCAGGUUCGCUCGCACUAUCUCGAAAUCACGGCACCUCAUGCACCAGGAUUUAACCGAUUCAUCAAAUAUCUGUCAAGCACCAGUGACGAGGCAUCAUACAACUUUUGGGAGCGAUACUUGUCUGGAGACAAGGCUUCGACAUUCCCAGAGCAGCCUGCUGCAACGCAUCGCUUGAGAGUUGAUCAUGCGGUUCAUCAUUCAAUCGUUAUCACCCGCAAAGCUGGUUCAGAAACCCCGAUGGCCACCGUGUUGCGGGAAGCUUGGGGGUUCUGCCUUUCUCAAUACGCCGACUCCAAAGAUAUCGUCUUCGGUGUAACACUCUCAGGCCGCAAUUGCCCUGUCGCGGACAUUGGAAAGAUUAUAGGGCCUACCAUCACGACCGUACCUGUCAAGGUAACUUUGUCCGAAGAUCUGACUGUCUCGGCAUCCCUCAAGCGGGCUCAAGACCAAGCGACCGAGAUGAUCCCUUAUGAGCACUUCGGUCUACAAAACAUUGCGAAGAUCAGCGAGGUGGCGGCUAAUGCUGUUCAGUUCCAAAAUAUCUUUGUCGUCCAGCCCACGGUCCAAUUCGACGUCCACCACAAUGAACUCCUCGGCGCCGACGAUGUCUCACCUCCACUGAAGGACUUUGAUACUUAUCCUCUCAUCGUGGAAUGCAGCCUGGACGAUGCUCAGGUGAAUCUAGAGGCACGCUUUGACAAGAGCAUCAUACCAGCAGAACGUGUCGAACGGAUGCUUCACCACUUUGAACACGUUGUGCGACAGUUCAAUGAUGCAUCUGAGUCCCAGAAGCUGGCCGAGAUCAGCAUGUUUGGCGAGCGAGACAUGGCCCAGAUUCUCUCUUGGAACAAGACUUAUCCCGAGGUACUGGAGACCAAUGUUCCCAGCGUGUUUGCAGAGCAGGUACGAGCAAGACCUGAUGCCCUCGCGGUCGACGCGUGGGAUGGGAAACUCACCUACAGUGAGCUUGACAGACUAUCCACUCGCUUUGCUCUCCAUUUGGUUGAUGCCGGUGUUGGUCCUGAGGUGCUUGUGCCACUAUGUUUCGAAAAAUCUAGAUGGGCUGUUGUUUCGCAAAUGGCUGUCAUGAAAGCUGGCGGCGGAUGUGUCAAUAUGGAUCCCGCCCAUCCCCUCGGCCGGCUAGAACUAAUCAUUCAGGAUGCACGAGCAAAGAUACUACUCGUUGCGCCUCAAUUGCGAGCCAAAUUCAGGGAGGUUCAAGGCGCGAAGAUCGUAUCGAUCGAUGAGGAAUUCUACAAGGCUAUGGAGCAUUCCAUCCCAAAGACCCAUCAACUUCCUCAUAUCGAUCCCAUGAACACCGCCUAUGUUCUAUUCACGUCUGGCUCAACGGGACGACCCAAAGGAAUUGUCAUUGAACAUCGCAGCCUUUGCUCGAGCUCCAAGGCGCACGGAACCGAGUGGGACAUCGGCCCCAACACCCGCCUGCUGCAAUUUGCUGCCUACACCUUCGACGUCAGUUGCGCCGAUAUCUUCACCACUCUUCAACGAGGCGGAUGUAUCUGCAUUCCAUCGGAGCACGAUCGGAUGAAUGACUUGGCAGGCGCUAUCAACAGGUUCCAAUGUAACUGGGCGUUCUUGACACCCACGGUUGCGAGCUUACUCCCAGCUAAAGGCAUCCCCAGCUUACGCAAAUUGGUCUUGGGAGGUGAGGCCAGUACUCGAGAUACCAUCGCUAAGUGGCAUAACGUUCUGGACCUGAUUGUAUGCUAUGGCCCAGCUGAGUGCUCGGUAUACUGCUCUGGAGCUCCGCCAGCAAAAGCCACAAGCGAUCCUGCCGACCUUGGUAAAGCCAUCGGCGCUCUCUACUGGAUCGCGGACCCCUUGGACUUCAAUCGCUUGGUGCCAGUUGGCUGCGUUGGUGAACUUCUACUAGAAGGGCCAACUGUGGCUCGAGGAUAUCUGGGAGACGAGGAGAAGACGGCAAGUGCUUUCGUCGCCAACCCCGUGUGGGCAAGAUCCGAGCCACAAGGGGCUCCGCGACGAUUCUACCGCACAGGUGAUCUUGUGCAAUAUAAUGAGGAUGGCACAAUUCAUUUCGUUGGCCGAAAGGAUACACAGGUGAAGAUCCGUGGACAGCGUGUUGAACUAGGGGAGAUCGAACACGCCAUUCGCGUCAAUCUGCCCAGUCUCGCACAUGUUACGGUUGAAGCAGUGCGACAGACUAGUCAAGGUGGACAACAAACCGUGGUUGCAUUCCUGCAUACGACAACCGUUAGCGGUCCGGCGAAGAUGUUGACUCUGGACGAUAAUCUCAGAGAAGAUUUGAUCAAACUCCGGCGGUCUUUGGCUGAAUCAUUGCCGUCAUACAUGGUCCCAUCGCUUUUCAUUCCCAUGGCCCAGGUACCACUGACAAUGAAUGGCAAAGUGGAUCGGAGAGGUUUGAGAGAGCUAGCAGGAUCGUUAAGCCAAGAAGACAAACUCAAAUACGCACUGGAAGAUGCUGCGAAAGAAGAGCCUAGCACCGAGACGGAGUACAUGCUGCGAGACUUGUGGGCUCGAAUCCUGUCUGUCGAAUCAUCUACCAUUGGUAUCGGUGAUCACUUCUUCAGACUUGGGGGAGAUUCGAUUCUAGCUAUGAAACUAGUCGGACUCGCGGUCGAGAAAGGCCUCUCACUCUCAGUGAAGGACUUCUUCCAAAGUCCUGUGCUCUCGGCAAUGGCAGCGGAAGUCGAUGGCCGUACCCAAUUCACCACCAACGGUAUCACCACUUGUGUACCCUUCUCCCUCAUGGGCCAUGCGCAUUCCGACAAGCUUAUUGAAGAAAUGGCUUUGCAACUACAGACACCCAUGUCAAAUAUCAUUGACGUGUAUCCUGCGACAGACUUUCAGAAGACAGCCGUCUCUCAUGCCUUGAUGAUGACACGUGGCUUUCGCAACUACCUGUGGCUGGAUGGAGCUUCUGACAUCCCACUCGACGUCCACGCAGCGCAAAAGGCAUUAGUCAAGUUCGUUGCUGCACACGACAUACUACGAACCAUCUUUGCCAUCCACCAGAAUGAUAUCUUGCAGGUUGUGCUGCAACAUCUGGAAGUGGAUGUCGAUGUCAGGGAGACACGCGAAGACAUAGCAGAUUUCACGGAGAGUCUGUGCAAGGAAGACACGGCUUUGCCCACGAGGCUGACUGAUCCUCUGCUCAAAUUCUUUAUUGUCACCAAGGCUGGAAGUACUCGCCACCGCAUCAUUAUGCGCAUUUCGCAUGCACAGUAUGACGGUGUGUGCUUACCACACAUCUGGAAAAGUCUUUCGGAGGCAUUCGCAGGUACAACGCCGGCAACGUCCUCGACGCCUUAUUCGACCUACUUACAAGGCCUCCAUUCCCUGGACCAUGAGGAAACAUCCAGGUACUGGAAGGACCUUCUCAGAGAUUCGAAUAUGACAAAUAUUGUCUCUCAUUCGAAACCGUCCUACUCUAACGUCUACAAUACUUUCACGAAACGAAUCAUCCCUUCAUCUUCACUCUCAUCACAUGGCAUCACGUUCGCCACGAUACUGAAAGCCAGCUGGUCCCUCGUGUUGGCGUCCCUGUCGGCUACUUCAGACGUCGUCUUUGGACACGUUGUAUCAGGCCGCAACCUGGACGUGGCAGACGUGGAAAAGGUGAUCGGAUGCUGCAUCAAUAUAAUCCCCGUCCGAGCGACGCUUCACACAGGGACGACGAAUGUGGAACUUCUUCAGACACUACAGGAUCAGCAUGCAGCCAGCAUCCCUCAUGAAGUUCUAGGAAGCCGCACCAUUAUCCGGGAAUGUACAACAUGGCCAAAAUAUACUCGCAUGAGCAGCAUUGUACAACAUCAAAACAUUGAGGAAGAGGGCAGCGUUGAAUUGAAUGAAACUCAACAUAAGGUUGAUUUCUUCUGUCCCGAAGCCGACGAAGCCGACCUUGCAAUCAAGACUACGCCAUUGAAGGACGGCACGACCGAAGUGCUUUUGAUCUGUUCGGAUAGGACCAUCAAACAAGAUACGCGAGAUUUACUCAUUGACUCGUUGUGCACUGCCAUCGAUGGUAUUUGCAGGAAGCCGACCGCAGUUGCUGUCGACAUUCUCAAGACGUUGACGCCAAAGGUUCCGAUCCUGCCCAUGUCUGUGCUGAACCCCGAGACCAACGGGGCGUCCCAUGCGAAUGGCGGCGUCAAUGGGUUUGUCAGUACUGUGGCACCUCACAUUGGUGGCGGGGAGCCCAUCUUAUCCAAGAGCCAGUCCAAAAAGCAGAAGCUCGUCGCAGCAUGGAUAGCAGUUCUCGGCCUUCCAAGAGACUCGACCAUGAAGAUCACGGACGACAGCGACUUCUUCGAGCUGGGCGGCGAUCUUGUCGCAGCGGCAGUUCUGGCGGCGAAGUUGGAGGAGGAAGAAAUAGGCAUCAUCACCAUCGAGGACAUUAUUGACAGGAGCACGGUGUCGGACAUGGUGAAUGCUUUGGGCAAUAAGUGAGGUUGGGUCCGCAUGUGCAUGUUCGACUUGAAUGGCGCUGCAUCGGAUGGUUUUAGGAUCAGCAAUUGAUUUUUAGUUGAUUUUAGC